GUCUGUAUACUGUGUGUCUCUGUGUGUAUAUAUACUGUAUGUCUCUGUGUCUGUAUACUGUGUGUCUCUGUGUGUCUGUAUACUGUGUGUCUCUGUGUGUCUGUAUACUGUAUGUCUCUGUGUGUCUGUAUACUGUAUGUCUCUGUGUGCCUGUAUACUGUAUUUCUCUGUGUGCCUGUAUACUGUAUGUCUCUGUGUGUCUCUGUGUGUCUAUAUACUGUAUGUCUCUGUGUGUCUGUAUACUGUAUGUCUCUGUGUGUCUGUAUACUGUGUGUCUCUGUGUGUCUGUAUGUGUAUGUAUACUGUGUGUCUGUAUACUAUGUGUCUCUAUACUGUAUGUCUCUGUGUGUCUGUAUACUGUAUGUCUCUAUGUGUCUCUGUGUGUAUGUAUGCUGUGUGUCUCUGUGUGUCUGUAUACUGUGUGUCUCUAUACUGUAUGUCUCUGUGUGUCUGUAUACUGUAUGUCUCUAUGUGUCUCUGUGUGUAUGUAUGCUGUGUGUCUCUGUGUGUCUGUAUACUGUAUUUCUCGGUGUGUUUCUGUGUGUCUGUAUACUGUGUGUCUCUGUGUGUAUAUAUACUGUAUGUCUCUGUGUGUCUGUAUACUGUGUGUCUCUGUGUGUCGGUAUACUGUGUGUCUCUGUGUGUCUGUAUACUGUAUAUCUCUGUGUGUCGGUAUACUGUGUGUCUCUGUGUGUCUGUAUACUGUCUGUGUGUCUCUGUUCUGUGUGUCUGUAUACUGUGUGUCUCUGUGUGUCUGUAUACUGUGUGUCGGUAUACUGUGUGUCUCUGUGUGUCUGUAUACUGUCUGUGUGUCUCUGUGCUGUGUGUCUGUAUACUGUGUGUCUCUGUGUGUAUGUAUACUGUGUGUUUCUGUGUGUCUGUAUACUGUGUGUCUCUGUGUGUCUCUAUACUGUGUGUCUCUGUGUGUCUGUAUACUGUGUGUCUCUGUGUGUCUGUCUGCUUGUCUAGUCUUACUCCAUCAGGAAGGUCAGCCUACAGUGAUGUGUCAUCGCUCCGCGCUCCACUCCACAACGGCCAGCCUCUGGACUGCAGGAACAUGUACAACCCUAUGACCCCUAACCCCAGGACCAACCCUAACUCUGGGGUCAACCCCAUGGACCAGUACAUGCGGCCCCCUCUGGCCCCCCCACUGCACAGCAUGAUGGGACACCGCGGCAUGAAUCAGUCCUCCGAUGGUGGUAACAGCUCUCCUUACUGUCAGAACAACCUCAUGUCAUCCCACUAUGGCUUCCCCCACGGCCACGGAUCAGACCACAUGGGAGGCGGUUCGCGGUUCUCCACGCCUCGCUCCAUGCUGAAGCUCAGUAAGAAGCGUGCUCUGUCCAUCUCUCCUCUGUCGGACGCCAGCAUGGACCUCCACACGGUCAUCAGGACCUCUCCUAACUCACUGGUGGCAUUUGUCAACUCACGCUGUGGACCCAACGGAGGCUCCUCCUACGGACAUCUGUCUGUUGGUGCCAUGAGUCCGUCUAUGGGUCUCUCCAACUCCAUCAACUACCAGUCCAGACAACAAGGCUCAAUGUACGGCGGACACACCCCAGGACCCUGCCACGCCCCUCCCGGCAGAAUACCCCCACACAACCCCCGACUCCACGCACCCAAACAUGGACACCUGAAGACAGAACCCGGGCUGGGCAGUGUGAUGGAUGGGAUCAAUAUGAAGUGUCUGGAGGAGAGAUCCGAGGGAGACAUGGUCAGCCCUUCUUCCACUGGCACACAGGAUCCUCUGCUGGGUCUGCUGGACUGCCGGGAGGAUCUGGAUAGGGAGGAGAAACCAGAGCCAGAGGUCAUCUAUGAGACCAACUGCCACUGGGAGGGCUGCAGCAAGGAGUUUGACACGCAGGAGCAGCUAGUGCACCACAUCAACAACGAGCACAUCCACGGAGAGAAGAAGGAGUUUGUGUGCCACUGGCAGGAGUGUUCCAGGGAGCAGAGACCUUUCAAGGCCCAGUACAUGCUGGUGGUUCACAUGCGCAGGCACACAGGAGAGAAACCACAUAAGUGUACUUUUGAGGGCUGUAAUAAGGCCUACUCUCGCCUGGAGAACCUGAAGACCCACCUGAGGUCUCAUACGGGGGAGAAACCAUACGUCUGUGAACACGAGGGCUGCAACAAAGCCUUUUCCAACGCCUCGGACAGAGCCAAGCACCAGAACCGCACACAUUCAAACGAGAAGCCUUACGUGUGUAAGAUCUCUGGGUGUACGAAGCGCUACACAGACCCCAGCUCUCUGCGGAAGCACGUGAAGACAGUCCACGGCCCUGAGGCUCACAUCACCAAGAAGCAUAGAGGAGACACUGGGCCUCGGCAGCCAGGCUCAUCACUGACCUCUGGUGGACAGCGUGGUGAACUGCUGCUGGAGAAAGAGGAGGCUGGACACAGGGACGACUGCAAACUGCUGGCACCUGAGAGCACUCUGAAGUCUCAGCCCAGCCCGGGUGGCCAGUCUUCCUGCAGUAGCGAGCGCUCUCCACUGGGGAGCGCCAACAACAACGACAGCGGUGUGGAGAUGAACCUGAAUGCAGCUGGCAGUCUGGAGGACCUGACCGCUUUGGAGGACGGAGGGGCAGGAGGAGGCUGCGAGGCGGGAGGCUCAGGGGCAGGGAUGGGGGGCAUGUCAGCACAUGCCCUGAAGAGACUAGAGAACCUGAAGAUAGAGAAGCUGAAACAGAUCAGAAGGCCAACUCCGCCCGGAUGCUGCGGUGGGGGGAACAAGCUGCCUGCACUCACAGGGGAGAUGAUGGGAGGGAUGUGUUCUCCCUCGUCCCUCCUCUCCAACCGCCGAGUCAUGGAACUGUCCAAUCACGAGCUGGGGGGUGGAUCCUCUGGCAUGGUCUGUCCUACCAGUGAUCGGAGGGGGAGUGGCACCAGCAGCAUGAGCUCGGCCUACACAGUGAGCCGCCGUUCUUCCAUGGUUUCCCCCUACCUCUCCAGCCGGCGCUCCAGCGAGGUCUCCCAGCUAGGAGGAGGAGGAGCAGGGUUCCUGGGUUCUGACCAGGGAGGAGGUGACCCCCUUCCCCCUGAGACCAGCUGCAGAGGAGGACCCUGCCGUGGUGUAGGUGGGGCAGGAGGAGGGUUACCAGAAAUGUCUAGUCUCACGCCAGCCCAGCAGUACAGCCUGAAGGCUAAGUAUGCAGCAGCCACUGGCGGCCCACCCCCCACCCCACUACCCAGUAUGGAGCAGGGACCAGGAACACAGAGGAGGAGAGGAGGUUUCCUCAGCGAGUACCAGGGUCAGCCGCUGCCAGCGUUCCUGCAGUAUGGCGGUCCCAGGAGACAAAGUGCCAACACGGGAGAGUAUGGCACUGGGGUCAUCUACCCCCACCAAGCCCCAGGGAAUGCCACCCGGCGCUCCAGUGACCCCGUCCACUCCACUGGCAACCCCCAUGCCCUUCCCAAGGUGCAACGCUUCAAUAGCCUGAACAACCUGGCCAUGAUGGGCCGGAGGAAUGCCCUGCAGAAUUGUGGGUCAGACGCCAACAUCACCCGCCAUAUGUUAUCCCCGCGGCCACCCAGCAUCACAGAGAACGUCAUGAUGGAGGCCAUGGCCAUGGACGCCCAUGGUGGAACCGUGGAUGCCAGGGACAAUGGCAUGAUGCUUCCCCCAGGAGAGAGAGGCUUCCUAGGCUACCAGAACCACCACAUGGGGGGUCCCUCCAGCCAGUUAUCACCCAGCCACGACAGCCUGGGCUGCGCAGAGCAGGGCUAUCAGCGAGCGACAGAGACGUCCAUGCAGGGUGGGCACUACCAGGGUACUACCAGGGGACCAGGCCAGGGCCAGACAGGGCAAGGGGGACCCAUCCACCCAGAGGGGAUGUCCAACUCCUUGCUACAGCAGGCUGAGUACAGCAUGAGUACCUGCCAGCUCAGCCCCUCUGAACCACACUACCCCCGCGUGGGCCAGGGAGGGCCCGAUGGAGGUGCAGGGCCCUGGGAGGAGAGCAGUCAGGUCCAGACCCCUCAUGGAGCUCUCCAGACAAGGAUGCAGUACCAGGACCAGGGCUCUAUGCUGGGCCAAGCCCAGACACAGGGUCUCUACAGCAGCCAGCAGAGUCUGUACACCCAAGGCCCAGAUGGAGGCCACCAGAAUCUGAACAUCAAACCAGAGCAGCAGCAGUAUCAUCCAGCCCUUGCCAACCCAGACGCCUGCCAAAAGCAGCUCCACCAACAACAGCAGAGGCCCCAACCAGGGCAGACACCCAUGCCCAUGGGACCCAUGUCCCCUCAGAGUUACCCCCAGCAGGGGCAACCUGGCCAAGGCAUGAUGAGGACUACUAACCCCUCCUGUAACUUCCAUGGUGGAGUGAUGGAGAACCAGGCCUCCAUGCAACAGGGGCAGCAGCAAAGCGGGGGCCUCAGCGUGGGGUCGGCUGGUCUGGGGCCUGGGGGCCGGUCUCAGACACCAAUGAUGCAGGUGAAGGAGAUGAUGGUGAGGAACUAUGUGCAGUCCCAGCAGGCUCUGCUAUGGGGUCAGGAGCAGGACCAGAGUGGGAUAGCAGCAGAGGGAAACCCCCUUCCUCUGUCAGACAGCAUGGACAUGACAGGACAACAGGUGGCCAUGAUGCAGCAGCAGCCUGGUCCCCAUAAUCACCAACACCAGCCCCAGCAACAACACCAACAAAGCCUCUACCCCAACCCAGACUCCAGCUUCCCAGGUUAUUCCACCAACCAGAACCUGAUGAUCCCCCUAGGCCAUCGCCGAGGAGGCCCCAGCUCCGGCUCCUCCAUCCCCCCUAACGAGGUCCCCAUGAUGAGCCUGCCUGGAGGGCCAGGAUCCUGCUACAGCCAGGAAAUGGGAGUCCCUGUGGUCCCUAGACCACCCCAGGGGCGGAAGCCUCUCAUCAGGCAGAUUAGCCUCCAGUCCCAGCCAGGAGGAGGGUACCUGGGCAGUCCUCCACACCUCAGCCCAGUCCAGUCUACCUCCAGCCCAAGGAGAGCAGUCCGACUGCCCCCUGUCCAGCGCCCUCAGACCCAUCAGGAGAUCUUCUCUCCCUCCAACAAUAGCAACAUGUAUUACUCGGGCCAGAUCCACAUGCAGCACCCUGACAUGGACAAGCAGCAGAUCCAAACCCAACGGAUCACCCAUCCUCACCAGGACCCAACCCAGACCGGGCCCUGCCUCAACCAGCACCAGGGGCACCUGGUAACCCAUAUGGACCAUCAGAGGAACAAGUCUGCCCAGCUGGGCUACCUCCAUGAAUCCACCCCCAUCUCUAAUGCUCUGGAGAACGUGGAUCUGGAUAAUGCCCAGAUAGACUUUACCUCCAUCAUUGAUGACCCAGACCCCUCGUCCUUCAGCCCCGUCAAUCCACCUCUCCAUGGAGGUUCAUCCCAGACGUCGUCCCGUCUCACCACCCCACAGACCUCCACCACCCUGCCCUCCUCUGUGCCCCCCAACAUGGCUGUAGGGGACAUGACCUCCAUGCUCACCUCUCUGGCUGAUGAGAACAAGUACCUGAAUACUUUGUCUUAGAACCUGAACACACUCAUAAAGUUGACUAGAGGGGCUCAUCCAUCUGUCUUAAGAGACUAAGUAGCUGAAGUUACUGUCGUAGUACAAGUACCUAGACUGUCCUAGAGUGGACCCUAGGGCCACAGCCCGUUGGUGUUAGCUUACCUCUUAACAUACAGUUACAGGAAAUGACUGUGUAGAGUAAAGGUACUGACAAUAUGUCCCCUUUCUCUUGGCCUCACACAGACGUGUUCUGUCCCUGGCCAGGAUGGACAGAGACACAAUAGCUACUCCUUAGAGGACUUUAAACCAAACCAAAGGUGCCUACUGAUCUUGAUCACUGUGUUCUCUUGUCUCACGAGUAGAUGACUGACUUUGGAGUUGCUUGGUACAAUACUGUUGCUCGGUACAAUACUGUUGCUCGGUACAAUACUGUUGCUUGGUACAAUACUGUUGCUUGGUAAAAUACUGUUGCUUGGUGCAAAACCGUUGCUUGACGCAGAACUGUUUGCCUGAAAUGACUGUCAUCACCAUAACGACGUCAUCACCAUAACGACGUCAACGCCAUAACGACGUCAUCACCGUAAUGACAUCAUCACCAUAAUGACGGUCAUUUCAGUCAUAGAGGUUAUUUAGGGCAACAGAGAGGGUACUACGAUGUAAAUAAGUUAUACAUGUAUAUGCUGUGUAUAUGACAAUAGUGACAGUGAUGGAACUCUAAUGUCUGUCUCGCGGACUGCUUGUGGAAUUCCAAGGCCUAACUCUUCUGUAAUGAGAACUGAGAAAAACAGAGCUGUUCCAAGGAAGAAUGUAAAAAAAAUUAUAAUAAUUAUACUGAUAGACACCUGAUUGCUUUAAAGAUUAACCUAUAUUCCCAGGGACACACUCCUGUCAGGGACACACUCACACGAUAGUGAUGACACACACAUUAUUAUGACACACACAUAAUGAUGACACACACACGAUAGGGAUGACAAACACACACGAUAGUGAUGACACACACACACACGAUAGUGAUGACACACACACAUAGUGAUGACACACACAUAAUGAUGACACACACACGAUAGUGAUGACACACACACACAUAGUGAUGACACACACACAUAAUGAUGACACACACACAUGAUAGUGAUGACACAAGCACAUGAUAGUGAUGACACAAGCACAUAGUGAUAACACAUACACAUAGUGAUGACACAAGCACAUAGUGAGAACACACACACAUAAUGAUGACACACACACACAUCAUAAUGAUAACAUAUCAUAUCAGUAUUCACGCAGAGGCCUUUUUGGCAUGAAUCUGCUUGCAUACUCUGAAUGUGUUGUACGGUAAAGAGACCAUGUUUUUAGACAGAGCUUGUUUGCACCCCAUACAAGUUACACGUUUACUCUUGCUAAGUGUUCUUAAAGCAGCUCACUCUUUUACAAUUAUAGGAGUUAUCGGGGAAGAAUAUAAAAAGUGCCUUUGUCUAAACGUAUAUAGGGGGCAUAAGGGGUACAGAGAAUAAAAGAGAGAUGGGGAGGGAGAGAGAGAGAGGUGGCACCACCGAAUGAACUAAAACAUAAAGUAUAUUUUUGGGCAGUACAGUCUCACAGGACCAAACUCCAUCACCUGCUGUACGUACUGUUGUUUACAGGGUCUUAACGAUGCCUUCACUUACCCUGAACAUGUUCAACAGGGUUUAUAAGGAAUUGGGUGUACUGCGUUGAGGUAGUGUAUCUGAGGUACUUUAACGUGUAUAGGGACCUCUGAGAUGCAGGAUUUGUGGCCCUCUGACUAUAGAGAUAGCAUAUUGGGUGGACUGAUUCUAUCAUUGAAAACAAUGGGUAGGAACGUUCCAUAGAGGAUAUUUCUACACCUCUGACAGCCUGUCUGUAGCCAUGACCAGUAGAACUGAUAUCACAUGACAGGACUUCAUAUCGUAGCAUUGCACUGACUGCAGCACUGCAUGGCACGCGGACAGACGGUUCUCUCUCCUUGGCUUUGUGACAGUCCAAGAGGCCAACACAUACAGGAGGCCUACGUGGCUUUGAUUUCACAUAAAUGUCACCUUGGAGGACAAUGACAAGUAUCUUACAGUAGUAUCUAUCUGUUUGAAUUGAAAUUCUAGAUCACGUUUACACACAUUUACGGUAGAUCCUAUGAGGCUGUCUUUCAUUUCAGUAUUGGUGCCUUUUUAACCCUGCUUGAUCACGAUUAGUACUGUUCUGUAGUUGUUAAUACAACAUUAGGGCCUAGAGUUAGUCGUCAUGGAAACUCCUGGUCCUAUCCAUGACGAACCGUUGACAUUUGAGCUAGUUUGGAAAACUGUGUACAGACUAGCGGCCAACCAAAGACGAUUUGAACUAACAAUAUUCAAUGAAUAAAAAGAAAAUAUGCAUCAAUUCAUUUUACACAAUACUAAUAAUCACAGUCACAGCGAUGAAGAUGUGAAUGGUUUGAUACUGCUGUUACUUAGAAUGUAUGAUAUUUUUUUAAAUAAAAGUAACACGUUCUCUUUUUGUUUUUAUAACAACACUUUAUCAUGGAUAUGUGUCUUUCUCUGUGUAGUGUGUUUUGAUACCUGUCUGUCACCAUUCAAUCAGACGUUUUGCUGGCAAAAUAAUAUUAUUUUAAGCAACAAUGGCUAUAAUUGUAGCGUUUACUAUAUACACGACAGCCGAGUGAUAUAUUUUAUACAAAUGUACUAUAUUUUACCAGUUAAGAAAUAAACAUGUUCAACUUGG